UCUAAAUGUUAAUUGGGCCCAAACUUUCCUCUGCAGCAGUCGAGGCUCACGCGCAGAGCGCGGUUGGCUUCUGGUUCGGUUUUGUUCCUUGAACAGGCAGGCCGCCUCCAGCCCAGGUCCUGUCGGGACGCGCCUGGCGGAGGCGGGCCAGGUGGUACCGGGUCAGGCGGUACCGGGCCUCCGAGGUGAAAAGUCACGGUUCCGUUUCCGAGCCACUGCGGUGGCACCGACCCGGGCUGUGGCGAACCGGACACCGAGACGGACAGCCGCACUCCUCGGGUCAGAAGCGCGCGCGGCGCUGCGGGGCUGUGAGCGCGCGCGGCUCGGAGGCAGAUCCCUCGCUCGGCAGGCAGAACACGCCCUGAUAGAAAAAGGUAGCCCCACGCAGAGUGAGAGCCAGAACGGACGCGACUGUCGAGCCGGAUCACACAGCGGAGCGGCCGGGACCAGCCGCUCCAAUAAUGCCCCCUCCGCAGGCUCCCACAACCGGACUCCCACCGAACCAGACCGGGACGGGCUCGCUGCCACUCACCGUGGACGCACUGAGGACCGACGGCUCGGAACACCUGGAGACCCCGAAGGAGCUUUUUUCUGCUGCGGCAGAGGAUUGAACCCCACCAUGAGCAGGAAGACCCGGCGCUGGAUUUUCCAUUUCUUCCUCUGCCUCGGAGUAGUUUACCUGAAAAUCGGGGGGCUGUCGUCGGUCGUCGCGCUGGGAGCCAGCAUCAUCUGCAACAAGAUCCCGGGCUUGGCCCCCCGGCAGCGGACGAUCUGUCAGAGCCGCCCCGACGCCAUCAUCGUGGUGGGAGAGGGAGUCCAGGCGGGCAUCAACGAGUGCCAGUUCCAGUUCAGGCACGGCCGCUGGAACUGCUCGGCCCUGGGGGAGAGGACCGUGUUUGGGAAGGAGCUUAAAGUGGGCAGUAAGGAGGCCGCAUUCACCUACGCCAUCAUAGCGGCCGGCGUGGCCCACGCGGUCACCGCGGCCUGCACCCAGGGCACUCUGAGCGGCUGUGGCUGCGACAAGGAGAAGCAGGGUUUCUACAACCAGGAGGAGGGCUGGAAGUGGGGCGGCUGCUCUGCAGAUGUCCACUACGGCCUGGGGUUCUCCAAAGUGUUCGUGGACGCACGCGAGAUCAAGCAGAACGCCAGGACACUCAUGAAUCUGCACAACAACGAAGUGGGCCGAAAGGUCCUCGAGAAGGGGAUUCGUCUGGAGUGCAAGUGCCACGGCGUUUCCGGAUCCUGCACCACCAAGACGUGCUGGAUGACGCUGCCUAAGUUCAGGCAGCUGGGAUACAUUCUGAAAGACAAGUACAACCAAGCGGUGCACGUGGAGCCCGUCCGCGCCAGCCGCAACAAGCGCCCUACCUUCCUCAAGGUCAAGAAACCCCACUCCUACCACAAGCCGAAAGACACGGAGCUGGUCUACAUCGAAAGGUCGCCCAACUACUGCGAGGCCGACCAGCUCACUGGCAGCAUGGGAACACAGAGGCGCCUGUGCAAUAAAACCGCUCUGCAGCCCAACAGCUGUGACUUGAUGUGCUGCGGCCGUGGAUACAACACUCACCAGUACUCUCACGUUUGGCAGUGCAACUGCAAGUUCCUGUGGUGCUGCUAUGUCAAGUGCAACACCUGCAGCGAGAGGACAGAGGUGUACACCUGUAAAUAGGAAUAUUUAUUAGGGCACACACCUGUACUGUGCUGUGUGUGCGCGUGUGUUUAUGUGUGUGUGUAUGUGGUUGGGUAUGUGUGGCUUUUUUUUUUUUUUACAAAAUAACAUUACAGCAGUUUUAACUGGCCUGUUCUGCUUCUGUUGAUUAUGAUGAUGCCAGUGGUCAUUGGAUUCAGUUCGUAGGUCCAUCAUUUUUCCAUUAAUUUUCAAGUUCAGAGUUUUAUCGUAUUGUAGACUUUUUUUCUUUCUUUCUUUCUUUUUUGGCAGUCCACAUAUAUCUACAGGUGCAGUGGGACUAAUGUCAAAUGUUAUUUGCUUUUCAUUUUGUAGAAUAGUAAUUUAUUGACUUAGAAAACUACUGAUCACAUUGAAAACACUGCAAAAGCACACAAAUCCCACCAGCUCAUUUUGUCCACUUUAUUCUGCAAUUAUGUUAGAAAACUUGAAAUAAGACAUAACUGAUUUUCAAGUAAUUUUUCAGCUUGAUUUGAGUCAAUAAUUUCUUAAAAUUUCUAAAAAAUAUUCUAUUUCCAUUGGCAUAUGAUUGAACUAAUGAGAUUUUUCCCAUGCUUUAAGUGAAACUUACACUUUUUCAUCAAUACCAAAUAAUUAUUAACUUAAACAGGCUCCUAUGUCUUUCUGAAAACUAAGAGUUAUUUUUGCCUUAUUUUAAAUGUACUAAGACAUUUGCACUAGAAGCUGGACAAAAAUAGUUGGUAAGAUUUUGUGUUUCUGCACUGAAUACUCUCGCCGCCACAUCUCAGAGCAGACGGCGUGGAUGUCUAAAAAUAAUAUCUGCACUUAAAAGCAAAAUUUUUUGCAACUUUUUCAUUUUAUCUGUGGUAACUUAAACACUGGGGCUUAAAAGUGAAAUGAAUCCCGUGUAGGUAAACUUGACCGAUCCCGUAGCCUACAGUAAGAACUACUGACCGUGUGUUUAUGACGGUAUCGUUUUCUGCUUACUGGACUAACACUUACCAGAAAACCGGCAGCAGCGAUGUUUUAUCUACAUGCCCACAUCUUCGCAAUCAAUUAUUAAACCCGUGAGAAGGUAACUUAUCCCAUGGCAUUUGAUUUAUCUCAGGAUAAGAACCACUAACAUGCAAUUUUCCAAAAUACACAUGCAGCUCCUGAAAAAAAUGAAGAGUCCACUGCACUGAAUCUGACUGAAAACCUCCUGGUUAUUCCACCAAAUAUUUUUGAUUUCUGAACUCUUCCUGAGUUAAAAUAUUAGUACUGUUGUUUCUAACUGAAUACAAACUUGUUUCUUUUGCAUUAUUUUGAGGUCUGGAAGCGCUGCAUCUCUUUUGUUAUUUUGACCAUUUCUCAUUUUGUGCAAAUAAAUACAAAAUCUCUGCUUGGAGUUUCAGAGACGUGUUGUCAGUAGUUCAUAGAAUGAAAGAGCAAUGUUCAUUUUACUCAGACAUAUACCUAUAAAAAGUCAAGUCAGAGAAAUUGAUCAUUUUAAGUGGUCUCUUAUGUUUUUUUCCAGAGCUGUAUCUUCUCCUAACUUGGUCAAAAUGUGAGGAAAUGCAAGUGAUGGAGAGGUUGGCAAAGCGUCAUGACUGUGGAAAAUAGUAAAAUAUUACACACAUUCAUGAAUUGCCAACUGAAAAUCUGCUGUCUAAUGGGACUUUAAGACUCUUUACACACAGGAAUGUUUUUUUUUCUCAAACUGGUUGUUGGUAUCAAAAACAUCCGUGUUCACUUAGCUCCGUCUCUAGAAAUGUUUUCGUCCACAUAGAAGCACGGAGGUCAGGUUAAUGGUUGGGCUGAUAAUCAGUUUUAGAAAAUAAUAUUUUUCUGUGGAAUAAAUGGGUCCAAAACUGCCACCAGUUUUUUUUAGAGCCUGUUGAACUGUCCGCUGAGAUCAAUAGGAAAAGGUUGCUGAACUCGUCCAACCUGCUGAGAUGUUUCAGGUCAAUCCGAUCGUAGUUAAUUUCACCCCCACUAAACAAAGAACAAGUUGUACAGAGAGGCGUUUUUAAGUCAUGGGCUCAAAUCUGCUAAAGAUUUCUGCAAAAUUGUAGUUUGGAAUGGUUUCAAGUCCUUUUAACGAGAUGCAAGAGGAAGUGACUGCAGUAUUACAAAGUUUAAAGGAGCAAAAGUAACCGCUACUGGGUAGAAAUUAAAGGAGCAGCACACAUUACUGAUAUGUGUGGUGCUACACUGAUUUAAAACCAGAGCUAUCAGCUUGUAGCCUGACUACAUAACUAGUUAAUUAGCUUCUUUGUUCUGCUCUUUGUAGAGCAAUCCUGGAAAUAUAACCAGCUGAUAUUAGCUAGUUAAAUAGUCAUGCUAUGAGCUGAUGGCUCUAGUUUUAAAUCUAGAGCUAAUUAGCACAACAUUAGCAGCUGCAGUACUACACAUAUGUGGUUAUGCUGCAGCUGUUAGCUUAGUUACUGGCUCUAGCUUAGCUGCCUAAAAGUAGCUUCCUGAAACGUUUAGCUAAAUUUGCUAGCUAAACCAGAGCUACCAGCAUAUAGCAUGACUGACAUCAGCAGGCUAUACUUCCAGUAUUGGCCUACAAAGAGCAGAACAAGGAAGCAUCGGGAUUCUGUGCCAUAAGCACCAAUAAAUAUCAACUCAAGAUUAUGUUCCGGUGAGAAUCUCGCAUCACUUCCGUGUUUUCACCAACAUGUAUCAACAUCAUUACUUGCUCGAACCCCAGUUGACCCAUGAUUGUGAAAAUGUUGUGCUACGAGCUGUGGAUCAAUGUGUGUAGCUACUGCAAAGUCUUUCCUGAGAUUGUUUGUUUUCUGUUUUUCUUCUGUAAAUGUGCUGCUAGGCGUGUUGUUCUGUUUUAAGUUAUGGUGUUUGUGACUGAGCAGCCAUGUUGACUCUUCAAGCUAGCAGUGUGUAGGAAAUGUAAGACAAACAUUCUAUAAAUUUGGUUGACAUAAUAUAUUUUUUAAGAAAUUAUAUUUAUAUA